AAACUCAGAGAACUGUGCUGAUCACACAGAGGGAGUUGAGCUGAGAAUCAGACAUCACACCGACAGAAGACAAGAUGGUUACACAGAGACAGAAAUACCUGGAGAACGCCCUCCUCUCAGCAGUGGCAGUACUGCUUCUGGCCACAGCAGGACGAUGUGAAAUGCUGACUGUCACCGUGGAGACCACAGCAACACCUGCUACAUUAAACUCCUCUCCCACCACACAGCUCCCCAACAGCAGCAUGGAGAAGCCUCAAGUCUCACGCUUGCAAAGUCCAUGUCAAAGUGCAGAUGAAAACUACUGUGCCAACGGGGGGGAGUGCAUGUUACCCCAAGACAGCGACAAGCCCGCCUGCAUCUGCAAGGACUCAUACACCGGGCAACGCUGCCUCUUCCUCAUUUCACCCACUCGCACUCUGCGUGAGUUAGAGAAGGUGAUCGGCGUCAGUUUUGGGGUCAUUCUCAUCAUCGUUGUUCUGGCCAUCAUCUUUUACUGCUUUGCUCAUAAGAGGUGUAGAAAAUCUGCCCAGCUCAUAAAAUCUGCACCGUCUGAAACGUCAGUGUGAACCCUACCAGCUCAUCUGUUUGUCGUCUUCUUCAUCGUCACCACCUUUUCAGUUAUUUAUAAACCAUAAACCACUACUUUUUAACGUACUGUACAAACAUACAGCAUUGUAAAUUAUUCACAAACAAUUAAGAGACUUUAUGGACCUUUUUCCCCCAUUUAUUGGACAUUUGGUGUGACCACUUUUCAGUAAACUGUUUAUUUAUUUGUAACAUGUUAAGAUAUCAAUCACUUCAUUGUCUUGUAAAAGGUGCAGGAAGAACAAAUAUGAUUAUUUAUUGUAACAUAGAAAUGUAUUUAUUGAUAGCAUUAAUUUGAAAUU